UGAAUGGACUUUCAUCUUUAACAUGUUCUUGUUUAUGACGUAUUACCAAUGCAGUAAAGUCUUCACUCGCCGCAGCCAAAUAUUUCAGAUUGAUUUCUCGUUCGGUCGCGUUAGAAACUCGAGAACGCCUCUCACAAAUUAAUGCCGCAACGGAAAUUCAGUAUUUCGAAAAUUAGAAAGCAAGAACUUCGAAAAUUUUCCUUCACAUUCUCUUAUAAAUUAAAGAGCGGGCUGUGUAGUUCCGCGAGUAACGUGGAAAAUGUUAACGAGAGAAAUGAGAUUUUUGUUAAUUGUACACACCCUUCUGCGGUACACUUCUCUGCGCAGUAAACAUGUUUAUCGUGAAAAAACCCUCGUAUAAUGUUAGUAGCGCACGGUAUCUUGAACGUCAGAUAAACUCACACGAAAUACAUUUCUCAAAUACAUCUCAGAUUGUUACAGAAAUAUUUAAUUUCCUAUCGAUUGAUAUAAUCUCGGAGCACUAGGUUAGAGUAACUUAAAAAUGACUUUUCCGUCCUGUUAUUGUAUUAAAUUAUUUUAAAUCUUUUCAGUAUUGACUGGCAAAAAUUUCAUGAGUCAUACUAAACAAAUAUUAUUCCCAAAGUUCCAUUAUACGCAACGUAAAAAUAUCUAUGAAAAUAUGAAUAUUUUAAAGAGGUGUGUAUUGCGGCAAGGUUAGGUUAGGUUUAUAGUGAUGGGAUAAGUAUAUCUCUAAUUUUUUCACAUAAGAAGGGAUACAUCUGUAGAUAGUAUACUUAACAUCAUUAGUUCUCGUAUCACAAAAGUAAACUAGAUAAGAGUCUUCUUUCAUAGUAAUGGAUGCAUAUGUUUCUCAGAUCAUUCGUAUAUUAAAUUUUUAUUAUGCAAUAACAGCAUAUAAUGUUCGGAAUUAGGUGCUUCAUAUAUACGUACAUGGAAGGUUUGCAAGAAUUUUGAAUUAUUCCUGUUACAUAACUUUAUCUCUAUAAACAACUAAUUAUAGUAUAAUAACAGAUUUCAGAGAUUUUAUCUAUUCCGAAUUUCCAAAAAUUGCUUGAGUCACGAAGUUUUCUACAAAUAUGAAUAAUAGCUUGAUAAGAUAGCAAAUGCAAUCAAUCAACAGAGUCAGAAUUCUUAUGAGUAUAGACGUCGAUGGAUUUCUAGAGUAACUGCUGAAUGGUUUUGUGUUAGGUGUAAAAGUAUUACACGCAUUAAUUGUACUUUUUUAUUUUCCUGUUGUUAUGACGAUAAUUUGCCUGUUUACCGUAUCGGGUUAAUGAUUGAACAAUUUGUUCGGAUGUAGUUCGCGAGUAUCGAGGUCGUUUUCGUGAUCCGAGAGUAUGAGUACAACGCCUUUUCCGACUCGCAUUAAUCGCUGUUCAUUCGCUCCGAUUAUUUUAUGCAUUGAAAUACAUUUUUUUACAAAGCUAUGUAUCGUAAAAUCAUAACGGUACAGCGAGCAUUUUCUGAUAAUCUUAAAACAUGUUUAUUAUCUAUUCGAUGUUAAUAAAGAGGUGAGAUAACGUGUGAAGGAAAGUAAUCAGUCGAUUUACGGUUGGAUACGCGAUUUAACAGGAAAAAGUUUCUCAAGUCCUGUAUUCAGUUUCCUUAAAGAAUUACGCAAUAAUCGUUAAAUAACCAAUUAUACUUCCUUUCUGUGAAAAAAAAUCUAUAUACACAGCUCUUCUUGCAUAGUUCAAUGUUUUCCCACAGAAAUAAUAGUUGACGAUUCUCCAGAAGAAAAUGCGAUAAUGGGACGAUUUAUUGUUUUCGAAAUUCUGCUCUCACACCAAUUUAUUACCACUAAUUUAAUUAAUCGACGUAAUUAUUCAGCGAUCACGGAAAUUCAGUCUCAUAUGCAACCGAUUUUUAUUCGUUCGUCCAUUGUGAACUUGUGGAAGAAUUAAAAACCAUUCUAACAUCUCUCAAGCAUUCGCGUUUUAAUAAUCGCAGUUGAUGUUAUCAAAAAAAGGAUCUUAACAUGCGAAAUCUUUCUUUUACUUAUUGAUUGACAUUUGGUAUAUUAUGCUUAUGAAUCGACGAACUGGUUUAGUGUUAUCUACAAAUGAAACUCAUAGCAUAUAGUUUGUGGCAUAUGUAGAUCCAUUUAAUGGAAAGGAGAUCCUUGAAAUUGUUUCUGUUAUAACAAUUUUUAUUUAUCGUAACAAUGUCAAUCUUGGUUGUAACUGAUUUAUUUAUUUAUUUGCUGACGUUUUGUUUAAUUUUUACUUAUGUAUUAAAGAAAUCUGAUAUAUUGAUAAAAAGAUAAUUUUGUUUGAUUCAUCAUGACGCUUUCUAUUGAUGGAUCGGAUGUAUUGGAAAUCGUCAACAAUGGUUUCCUUAUCAAUGUUAUUGCGCAUUCUUUUCUUAUUGAUAUAUUUUCAAUUACUAUCAUAUUUCUCGGUAAGAGACACCUGCAUUUUAUCCUCUAAUUAAUAAAUAAGCUUUGAGAAACUUUAAGUCCCAGAUACUCUUAAAUAGGUAGCUUCAGUAGCACUUUGGAAAUAAUCGUUGCGUCAUUAAUUUGCGAUUUAAUCAAUUGGCGUGCGUUACCUAUAAUCAUCUUUCGUAAUGUCAUACCUUAAACAGAUUAGAACUAUAAUGUGCACGUGAAGAACGUCAGAAUUAUUUAACGAAGAAUGAAGGACGGAAAAUUGAUGGUGUAAAAGAAUUUCAACAACGUUUAUGAACAGAGGUGUGUAAAUCUCGAUCAUUCUGAGAUCGAGAGUUGAUUAUGGGGACAUGAGCAACGAGCACGAUCCGGAAUUGUCCUGGAAAUCAAACGCGAAGUUGAAGCAAAGCCCAUGCGGAAGAACAGAGUGUCGAGACGAAACGGACGAAGGUCAUUCUUCGAAAACGACUGACAGGCCUCAAAAUGUCUUCAAUUGGAAGACGAUUAAACACUGGCCGGGAAACUGUUUCCAAAGAAGUACCGUUGAGCCAGGAAACUAUUCCCAGGGUACGGUGGAAGGUUCCCAGCGUGAUCCGUGUUUGCAAACAAUUGAGGAUUCUCAGGAUAAUUCUGUUCCGGGACGCGGCGAAAGUCUUUCGGGACUUGGAGCCGAACAAGGAAGCUCCAUGUGGAAGAGGGACGAAAAUCUUGCGGAACAACGAAAUUUGUCGGCUAUCUGGGAUUUAGGAAAAGCUAUGAAAAUGAAUGAAAAACGGCAACCGGAAGAAAGUGCGAGUAGCUCGCAGAAAAUGGAUGACGAUGAGUCAGAGAUUUCGAAGAAACAUUUCUACGUAGGGAGUCCCGCAGAAUCGAGUGAUUUAGAAACAUCAUGGAACAUGGAAUAUCAGAACAAUUGUUCAUCGAAGUUUGUGAAAUGUUCCCCGCGAACGCCUACAUUUAUGACUCUGGCUUUGGACGUCUCGUACGCAGGUUUAGAUACUUCCGGUUUGCUGAACGUCCAAUCCUCGAGUAAGCCUGAUACUGAUGCACCUGAACUUUGGAACGAUGUCAGUAUCGUAGAAUGUUUGAGAAACAAAUCGUCGUGUUACGAUGAAAGUACACCCGAGGAAAGGGUCGAAGCAUUGAAGGAAGUUUUAGCCGAAACUGAUAUUCACGAAGGGGAUGGAGUCGUCUCGGAUUUUUUGUUUCACGUUGCUAGGACGAAAUAUGGAAAGAUUUAUAUCAGGGUUAUUAGAACGAUGCUUCUUAACCGAGUUCUGUGUAGCAACCGGGUGAGCCAAAUGACCAAGACUUAUAAUGACAUAGAAGCAGUUACAAGGCUUCUGGAGGAGAAAGAAAAGGAUUUGGAACUGACCGCGCGUAUCGGUAAAGAACUUUUAUCGCACAAUCAAAAACUUGAAGCCACAGUUACCAGUUUAGAGUCCGAUUUGAAAGAAGCCAACGAAAGAAUCACUCAACUCACGCACGAAGUCGCUAAGAAGACAGAACUAAUUCAGAUACUAACAAAUGAUGCCGAAGAGUCGAGUUCAGAAGCCGGCACGCCCACCGGAAUUCGGGGUAUCAACCUCGAUAUACUACAGAAAAAAAUUAGCUCUCUCGAAGAUGAGAACAAACAAUUAAGGACCGAAUUCUCGAAGCUGAUGCACGAGGCUGAUACUUCAGAGGAACAAGAAGCGAGACUCGUCGAAGAUAUUGCUGCUCAACUCGCAAGUGCAAACAUGGAGGUAGACGGAAUAUCGGAAGAGCUCGACAGGCAGAAGGAUGAAAAUCGCCUGCAACAUGAACAGAUUGUUAGUUUGACAGCGAAAUUAGAUGAAACGGAAUUGAGAUUAGCACAGUUAAUGGUCGAGCACGACGAGGUGGGAGCUACGCUGCUUAUCACCAGGGAUAAUCAGAACACUCUCGCUAGCGAAUUGGCAGAAUUUAAGGAUAGAUACGCGGAGGUGGUGAAUCUCUUGGCGGAAACUCAGGAACAAUUACGGAAGCAAAGGAAAAAGGGAAUGCCGACCGUUAGGGGAGGAUCUCUAUUUCCUUCAAUAGGUGCUGUUCCACAGCCAGAUUCGAUAGCCUCAGAACUAGAAUCAUCUCUUUAUUCCGAACUCAGUUUAGACUCUGGUAUCAGCGCGGAUAGGAUACCGACGUAUAAAAAGGUUUUCGAAACUGUGAGAAGCGCUUCGAGAGGUAAACCGUAUCCAGUCGACACGAAUCAGUUUCCAAGGAUAGGUUCAAUGACCACAUCGACUCUGUCCAGUAGUUCCACCGGGCCACGUAUGAGUAGUAAACAAACUCGAGCACUAACAUCGAUAUUCCCUAGCUUGGAGUCAACUGGACGCAGCGAUUCGGAAAGCUCGCUUCUUACAGAUUCGGAAGAGUAUCCGGGUCCACAGCAAACCGGAGUACCGGGCGCUCCUGGUGCAGCUGAUUUAGAGGCAGCACUUCGCAGAUUAACACCUGCGGAAGUUCUUACGAGGCGCGCUUGCCUCAGCACAGGAACAGGAUACAGUUACGACUACGAUGGCGGAACUCGUUCACCUUCCACCUUCGUACCUCUUGGUUGUAGAACACCGGACAGUAUUAUGUCAACUGGCAGUAGUGGAAACUUAAGCGGUUAUAGCUCGAACGCUUGGAGAAUUCCCGAGAAGCUGCAAAUAGUGAAGCCUAUUGAAGGUUCGCAAACUUUGCAUCAUUGGACACAAUUGGCGACGCCCACUCUAGGUGGUCUUUUAGAAGAACGGCCAGGUGUGAAAACUCGAGGCGGUCGUGGUUUGGAGGAUUUAGGCCUAGUCACUUUCACGUUGAGCGAUCUCGAGGAAGACGAAGAAUAUACCAACCCUGGUAAAAUGUUUCAAGAAACAGAUUCCGUAUAUACGUUCACCAACAGUACCGUUCUGCACCCCGACGAUCAUACGAGUGUAACGCCGAGUAUAGUGGGUAGUAGAGUCGCAACAGCACCUAGUAGUGCUCUAAAUUCUGGCAUGAACUCUGGCAUGAGUACUCCGAGAACGUUAAGCAGAAGGAAUUCGACCUCAACGUUCUCAACUACCCUGGGACUCGCAAAGAUGUUGAACGAAAGAGGUAUCAAAGCUGUGACUCCUCCACCUGUAUCAACACCCAGUGAAAAGAAGAAUUUCACGCCUACUGCGACUCCUUGUAAUAGUCCUGAUACUAGUCCUCCAGAAAGUCGAUCUAGUUCACCGAGUCCCGAGAGUGGAAUUUCUUUAGGAAUACUGUCCACAGGAGCUGAGUUGUUGAAGAGAACAUUUGGCGGAGAGACAGAGGUAAAAAGGAAACGAACCGUACUGUCGAGAUCGGAUAAGAAGGCUCUCACUAGUAUUCGUUUAGUAGAAAAACUUGAGAGAAUAGGCAUCGAUACUAUAAUGGCGUCGACGGUCGGUUCCUCUAUCUCUCCGUUAGCACUGCAAGGUUCUUUGUACACAAGGCGUGCCACCGAAAGUCCAAUGGCUCAAUUAACUUUCCUGAAGAGCUCCAUGUCUUCGAGUGGAAGUCAGGAGAAACUUUCACCUUCUUCUUCCACAAUCAGUGAUUCCUCGUCGAUUGAACGGAAUGAGAUGACACAAGACGAAUCUAUGCCGAAUAGAGAAUCCAGUCAAAGACAGAGAAGAACCGGUGCUAGGACGACGAGACCAGACCUUGGACAGGUUACACCUGCGAUCCCUGUUACAGUCUCGAAAGAAUCUCCUGCGCAAUCCGCUUUGGGAACUAUUAGCUCGCUUCUGUUUGGACGGAAGGGUGGAUUACUUUGAGACCAUUGUUUGUUCAGCGUUAAGUAUUAGAUUAUCGCAUGAUAAAUGUCAUUUUUGGAACGAUUGGUUCUUGAAAUUAUUCUAGACGUUUAUAAUACAAAUAUAUUUUACAUUCAAUUCGCAUCCGUAAAAAGAAUUUAAUCAGGACGUGUCUUCGUACGAUAAACAUAAUCAAGCAUAAUAUACAGAAAUGUUCACUUCACGGAAGUGACGAUACCAGUUAAGGUUUCGAAAAACCGAAGGCUCCGAAACGAAAUAGUACAAAAAGGAAAACAAUAAUUGAACAAGCUUUUGACUUCGUCAAAAAGUGACAUUUAUUAUGCUGCAAUUACGGAAGAGAAUUCACGCGAGUUUUUAACGAGUAAUGAAAGUUCGUCGGAGCGAUGAUAAAAUAAACAGUUUAGUUUGUUGUAUUUUAUACAGAAAUGCUGAUAUAAAAGUUAAAGAUUCUUUUUUCUAUCAUACCUAUCUUGUAUACAAGGAAGAAUUACAAGGAAAGUUGAAGAAAGGUUGACAAUAUUUAAAAUGGAAGAAAUUAAGUCUGCGAAUUUAUUACAUAGAGUAACUAUAUAUACUCGUAUAAAAAUUGUAAAUAAAUGGAAUGAGCUUUUAUUAUGCACUACCGAUGGUAAUAUUGGUAAUGGCAUAUGUGAAACAGGAAAGUCUGAUGAUUAAUUAUAUUAUUAACUUAACAUUCCUAAGUUUAACUGUCCUUUUAAGUUUCGUGUGUUAUUAAACAUUUCAAUUUUUCCAUAGAUUCCAAAUAUUAUUUCAUGCAAAAAUUUGCAGUAUUACAAUCAGCGAUGUAAAUAUUUACGAACAAUAUAUCAAAUGAUUAUUUUCUCAACGUUCCGACGUUCUUUACUUACGAAACGAACGAGCGAAUUCCGUAUUUUUAUUUUACAAACCGACUAUUUCGUAUAAGCAGCUAUAUCAUUGAUUAAAUUAUUUUUUAAAUGAUUUAUUGUACAUAAGUAAUCGAUGCGCAAAAAAACGAAAAACGAAAACAUUUAGUAGAGUUACAUAGUUGAGAGACGAAAUAAAUUUGUAAAUGAUUAUUUUCCAUGCUCAUUUUAAGCGAAAAGAAAUCAAUUUUUUGGCAUGUGCAAACGAUUAACUUGAAAUCUUUAUAAUUUAUAUAAAUAUGUAAAACCAAAUGGGGGGGAUUAGAAAGGUGCUUCAUGUGAAUUAAUUUGCAUUGUAUAGAGAAUAUUAUGAUAAUGGUAGGUAAUAUUUAAUGAUGACUUAGGAUGUUGCAAUCGUGUUGUAUGAGAUGCUACGUUACGCAGUGUGAUUUUUAUUCAUAAUAGAGCGAUUUCUUUCUAUUAUAAAAUAAGCGAGACGAUUUUACUUUUUUUUAAUCACGCAACCAUAAAACGAACUUGACUAGCUUCAAUUGAACGGAUAUUAUUUGUACCUUCAUUUUGCGCCAAAGUGUAUAAAAAGCAUGAGAAAAGUUACAAAAAAAAGAAGAUGCGACCUCAAAAUUGCACGAAAAAGCAUAAACGACUUCACUAUAAUAAACUAUGAUAAAGGUAAAUUAAUUUGUAACAGAAAAAUGAUAAAGGAUGAGAUAGUCAAAGCGUAAGAGGAGGAAAUACAGUGAUUACUAUAUUAAACGAAAGGAAUAAAAGUUGCAGUCAGAGCACAAUUUUUAAUGACAGAAUUUAUAAAGUGCUUUUGAUUUUUAUCGGUUUCCUUCAAUUCGUUAGCUUAGGAAACUCAUUAUGUUUUAGACUAAUUAACAAAUCGUGCUACUGUUGUUAGUCUUUCUUAAAAGACUUCGCAAUUAGUGGUGCUGAUAAUGAGUCUAACUAGCAUAGUCAUCAGAAAUUUUGUUUUUACCUUUGUCUCUUUUUUUUAAUCGAUUUGUGAUUAAAAAAAUUGAUUGCGAUAUAAUUACUUAAGUAAAUGCGAUGGUCGAGAUGCAAUUUUAUUCGUAAAUGGAUCUCUGUCUUGUAUCAUAGGAAGGAUUGUUUAGCAGGUGCAGUCUUGUACAUAGAGGAGUACAGAUUAAUAAAUUAAAUUAAAAAUA